AUGGAAACCAUUAUUAAACAGAUGAUUGACGAGGUAUGGUUUUUCCCGCGCGGGGGGACCAAGGUUGGGCCUGGAGGGAGAAAAAAUCCCGACAAUUUUAAGCACUACCGCAAAUGGGGCUUUACUGUCUACCGCACCUACUACGGAGAGGAGUCCGACAAGUAUUGGCAGUCGCUUCUGUACUCUUUAAGACAUCAAACCAAACUGGCAUUUGGAUCUUUUGAAGACGAGAAAGACAUAGAUCAGGAUGAUAGGCGACGAGUUCAGGAGCUAUUUCAACUAGAUGUCUGUGACGAUCCUUCACUACUUGGUGGACUUGACGUCCGAGGUCUACGGGAAGUCUGCAACGCUCAAUUACUCAAGGAGACCCAAGUUAUACAGCAAGGUUGUCAGACAGUCCGCGUGACCACAAGGCCUCGUGAGGAUCAAGCUAUGGCGGACUAUCUUUUUGGUUUCGUUUUACUCGCUGAUGAAGCAGUCCUGAAGGAUAUAGAAAGAGGCGAAUACAUCGUCAAGGCCGUCUCAUUGCAAUGGGAUGGUUAUACUGGAUGGGGAUGGGUGAGGAUCCCAACAGGCUAUCUGGUGGAAUUGUGGACAUACCUCAUGUGGCAUGAUGACCGAUUAGAGAGAUGCCUCUACUUUCACGGAUCUGAAGAAGAUCUCGCGGACCGAGUUUGGCCCGGAGAUAUGGCACUUCACAAUACAGGGGGUUGUUCCGAGAUUCGGUAUUGGCGACACUACGAAAACCAAGACGAAAUGUAUUAA